AUGCCACAACUACCGUCAACAGAUACUCAUCCACGUUAUGAUCAAUUUAGAUCUACUCCAACACUACGAGAUACGCUAAGUCAAAAAGCUGCAAGUUUAAUACAUUUAUCAAAUACGUGUAGGACGUGGUUUUUCGAACAAUCAAUUACGAUUAAAAUUUUAUUAGUUAUAGGAUGUGUGAUAUUAGGAGUGCUAGGUUUGUUGUUUAUAAUAUUUCAUAAAUUUUUCAUACAAUUUUUAAUCACAGUAUCAGAUCAAUGGCAUGAUUUAAAAUAUGGUGGUUUAAUAAUAUUUUCAUUAAUUUUCAUAGUGGGGUUCCCUCCAUUAAUUGGAUUUUCGGCAUUAAGUUUUUUAACAGGGAUGAUUUAUGGAUUCCCACGAGGUUGGCCAAUACUAGCAUCAGCUUCUAUAUCUGGAUCAACGGUUUCAUUUUUAAUUUUUAGAUAUUUUUUAAAUAAUCAAGCUCAAAAAUUAAUGGCAUAUAAUGAAAAUUUCAAAGCAUUUGCGGAGAUAUUAAACGAUGACAAUUCCUUGUUAUUAUUGAUUUUAAUUAGAUUAUGUCCCUUACCUUAUUCACUAUCAAAUGGUGCAUUAGCUGCUAUCCCCAAUUUACCAAUCACUACUUUCCUAUUAGCUUCGAUUAUAACAUCACCCAAAUUAUUGAUACAUUUAUUUGUAGGGAGUAAGUUAAAAGAUUUAGGUAAUGAUUCAAGUUCAAAAUCGAAUAAAAUAGUUGAUUUAAUAAGUAUAGUUAUUACGGGUAGUGCAGCAACAUUGGUGACUUACAUAAUCUACAAUAAGAUGCAAGUAAAAUUAGCAAGUUUCCAUCAAAGGGGUAUGGUAAAUGAUGAUGUGCUAGUAUUUGGUAAUUUUGAGGAUGAUUUAGAAAUGGGAAGUCAUAAUGAAAUUGAAUUAAAUUCCGCUGAUUUUGAUACUGAUAAUUUUAUCAUUAAUGAUGACGAUGAUGAUGAUGAAGAUAACAAUGGCACUAAUAAUGAAUUGGAGAAUGGUAAUGAGGACAACAGAUCACAAAAGAGUCUAUCCAGUCAAAAUAGUAAGAAUAGUAAGGGUAGUAAGAGACAGCAAGAGGAUUGA